CAGUCGCACAUACUCGUCGCACCUGAACUUUGCCCAAACUUUCUCUUAGAAACUCAUCAACUUACGCUUACAAAGAUGGCGGCAGGCAGCUCCAAGGCCGUUAUCAAGAACGCGGACAUGUCUGAGGAGAUGCAGGCGGACGCCGUGGACUGCGCUACCUGCGCGUUGGAGAAGUACAAUAUUGAGAAGGACAUUGCUGCGUACAUCAAGAAGGAGUUCGACCGGAAGCAUAACCCGACGUGGCACUGCAUCGUGGGGCGCAACUUUGGCUCCUAUGUAACACAUGAAACGAAGCACUUUAUCUACUUCUAUCUUGGGCAGGUGGCCAUAUUGUUGUUCAAGUCAGGCUGAGGAUGGACUUUCGGGCGCGCGGCCCGUAAAUUUGGCGGUAGUGCUGGUGGAUACUUUGGGCGGCGUGUUUGGUGGAGCAUCCUCCUGUACAGAUAUAUGAUAGGCAAGAGUAAUACAUAGGGUGCUGGGCUACUCGAGGCGUUCUUCAGAUGAGCUUCGAUCGCUUCGGCAGACGUGGGGAGGGCCUUCUAGAUGGUUGCGCGGGCAGGGUAGCUUGACAACCAUAUGACUGUGACACUUAAGGUUAGCGACCUCCUUGAGAAUUUAAGCAGCCUGCGGCGAAUGCUGCAGGUUGGACAUUGUACUCUUAUUCCAAUAAUCCUCGUUCUAUUUAUGUAACGCAACGAGGUUUGGUG